AUGGAUACAAAUUAUUUUUUUUAUAAAAAAAUAUUUGGUAAUAUUAUAAUUUCUAAAAAAAUAUUUUCAUUUGUAAAAUUUGAAAAUUGGGAAGAUAAUUAUGAUCAAUAUGAUCAAAUUAUAAAUUCAUAUGGUUAUCAAGAUGCAACUAUUGAAAGGGUAUUAAAAACCAAACAGUAUCGAUUAUUUGAUGAUAUUGUUAAUUUUUAUUUUAAUAUUUCAAAAUAUAACACAAAUAAAUAUUGGUAUUGUCAAAUUGAAUUAAAUAGAGAGGAUCUUGAACAAUUGCUGGCCUAUAAAGAUUUGGGGUUUGAAAGAUUUUCAUUAUUUUUUAAUGAAUUUACACCAGUGUUUUUAAAAAAUAAAGAUCAUGUUUUGUAUUGGUCUUUGCCAUCGGGUAAUAUUAAAAUUUAUAAUUUUUUAAAAUUUUAUAAUGAACAAAACCCAGAAAUACAAAAUAAUAAAGAAGGAAAACAAGAAGAGAAACCAUCCGAUAAUAUUAUAUACCUAUCAAAGCCUGAAUAUAGUGUUUUUAAAAUCUACACCUUUUUAAAUAGUUUGUAUAUUAAUGAUUCAGUUGAUAUAUUAAAGGAACUAUUAAAGCUUUCGCAACCUCUUGACCCAAAGCUAAAGAACGAUAUAUUUCAGGUUAUAUUGAAUCUUAAUCAAUAUAAUUUAAUUAGAAAAGCAUUUACUAAUGAUGACUUCAAAAUUUCAGAAGUAAUUCAAGAACUUAAAAACAAUUUAGUAAUAAAUAGAGAUAGUUUCAAAUUAACUUUUAGAGAUCAAAUUGUAAAUUUCAAUGUUUUAAAAUAUUUUUGGGAUAAUGGUAUUUACAAUAAUACUUUCAAUGAAGGUAGUUUAUAUACAAAUAUAAAAAUUGAUUAUUUUAAUGAAGGAGAGAUAUUAAAAAUCGAGUCAAGUUUAUGCAGUAUAACAAAUUUUGACACUUUUAAAUAUUUAGUUGAAAAGAAAAUAAUUUUUAAAAUCAAAAAAUUAAAUGAAUACCUAUACAGAACCAUUGUUUAUAUUGCAAGAACAUUGUUUGAUCAAGAUUAUUUAAAAUUUCUUUUAGAGUUUGUUUCGUCACAAUCAACAAUAGUAAAAAAUUUUCAAAUUCCAGAGAUUUGUUUUGAUACAAAGUUUCCAAUUGCACACCAUUUAUUAGUUUGUAAUUUUAAACCAACAGACAGUAGAUUUCACAAUGCAUUUUUUGGUGAUGUAGAAACUUUAAAGCUUUAUAAAAAAAAUAAAAUAAAUAUAAAUUAUGGAGAAUUAUUUAGUAGUGCAAUACAAUAUGGUUAUACAGAAACACUUCAAUAUUUAAUAAAGGUUUUUAAAGAACUGUUCUUGGAUAAAGUCCAUCCAAACCUUUUUAGAAGGAAGUUGGAGUUUUCAAUUUUUCAAUUGCUUAUAAAGAAUUAUAAAGAGAGGCUUACCACUCAAAGUGUUUCUCAAGGUUUAAUCAAAAGAUUAUGCCCAGAUUUAGAUGUUUUAUCAUGUUGUAAAUAUAUACAUUUUUAUCAAAAAGUUACUGGUAUUCAAGUUACUGGAGCAGAAUUCUUAUUACACCAAGAUAGGUUAUUAUUUGAACAACAUUUACAACUAUUUGGUGAUAUAUCUAUAAAUAAUGGCGCUUUUUCACUUCAUCUUUUAAAGGAUCUGUUGUAUAAAUCAAACUAUUCUCUAUUAAAAGGUAUAGAUCUAAAUGGUUUACAUAUUAUAGAUACAGAACUUUUUAAAAAGUCUCUCAUCAGUAAUUUAUGCCAAUAUUUUAUUAUUAAUCAACCAAAUAACGCUUUCGGUAAAAUAGCUUUAAUUUUUGAAAAAUUUUUACCAAUUAUUAAAGAAAAUAUACUAUUAAUCUCAAACAAAAUUUCCAGAUAUAAAUCGUUUAAACUUUUAAAUUUUAUUUUAAAUUUAAAUGAUGUUGAUUGGGAUUUUAAAAAAACUUUAUUUAUGCAAACAAUCUUUAAUUAUUUUUCAAAAUCAAUUUUUUCAAAUGAAAAAUUAAAUUCAUUAUUAAAAAAUAUUAAAAUAAUUACAAAUCAAAAUUUUGACUAUGGUUUUGAUUAUUAUGAAAAUAAUUUAAAAAUAUUUUCAUUUCAACAAAUUAUUUGUUUAUUUGAAAAUUUAAAUUGUUUUUUUAAAUUAAAUAAUGAUUUGAUUGAUUUAAAUCUAUUAAAUUUAUUAAAAUCAUUAAUUAAAUAUUGCGAUUUUAGGAUUUUGGUUACUGGUCAUAAUAACAAUAUCAUUGAACAUAAAGACAAUAUUAAAUUAAUAUUUUAA